AUGGAGAUUCAAAAAAUGAGCAAUAAAAUUAAUGAAGACAGUGAUAAAAUAACAAAAACAAAUAUUAAAGAAAAAUAUUUAGGGCCUGAUUAUUGUAAAACUUAUAUUAAUGCAUGUAAAGAAUACAAUUCAAAUGAUUUUAACAAUACUAACUUGAAAAUAUCGCAAAAUGAAAUAAAUACUAAAAUAUAUUUGACCAAAGAAAUUGAUAAUGAUAAUUCUCUAAAAGAAACGAUAAAAUUAUGUAAUAACAUAUCUGAACAAAAUAAUAAUAAUAAUAUUGAAAACAGAUACUUUUUUUCAGUAGACAGAAAUAGAAAUAGAAAUUGUAAUAGUGUUCAUAAUAAAAGUAGAAAUAAAAUAAAAGAAAUAGAUAAAGAUACUUUAUUUUUUAUAAAAAAUGAUGAAUAUCGUAAUAGUUUGAAUGGAGAAAAUAAUUACUGUUGUGAAGAAUUUAAUAUAGUUACACAAAAAAUUUAUGAAAUAAAUAAUUUAAAAAAUAAUGAAAAUGAAAAUAAAAAUAAGAUAAAUAAUAACAAAUUUAAUGAUACCAAUCGAAUUUACUUUUCGAAUAAACUAGUAGACCAAAUAGAUAAUACAAUUAUAAAAACAGACAAUAUUAGACAAAAAGUUCAUGAAAUAUAUAUUUCACAUUUUAAACAUCCAGAAAUGUAUAACGUUACAUCUGAAAAUAAUUAUGGCGAUUUAUUGGAUAACAGAAAUUUAUUCACAAGUUAUUAUACAGAUUGGGAUCUUGAAUUAAGAAAUACCUCAAAAAUUGGUAAAAUUGAUAAAGUUGACAAAAUAAAACACAUGAAUACUUUGUCUAAUCUUGAAAGUCUAACAGAUGUAAAAAAUGAUUCCAUUACAGAAUUAUCUCUAAAUAUGAAUAAUAAAACUUUCCAGGAUAUUUCCAAUUCUUUACAAAAUACAAAGGAACACACAUGUACAUAUACAAAUAUGGAUGAUUUUUCUGAUCAAAAUAAUACACUUUAUAUAUAUGCAUCUGAUAAAAUGAAAUAUGAACAAUAUAAUAAUAAGCAAAAAAUUAUAGAACCACAUAACAGAUGCAAGGAUAAGUUGAGGAAUCAUAUAGAUAAUAAAACAAUACGUGUUGAUGAAUUAUAUAAUGAACAUUAUGAUAUAAAGAACGAGAAAAAAGAAAUUGCAAAUAUAAAUAAUAAUGAUUCUAACAUAAUAAAAUACAAAGGCAUACCAUUAUAUUUACAUGAUGUACAUACAUUUAAUGAAAUAUCCAAAAUCAGACUUAAUAUGAAUGAGGAUUCUAAAAAAAUGCAAAAUAUUAUGAACAAGUCAGAAAAUAAUAAUAUUAUUUAUAACUCUAAUAAAUAUACUGAAGAAACAAAAAAUGGAAUAAAAUGUUUUAAAAAUUAUGAUAGCUAUUAUGGUUGUUCUAAUUUUAUGAAUCCUCAAAAUAAUACAGGAAAUAAAGGAAAGAAUGAAAAUUACAUAAAUUGUAAUAAUAGUUAUAUUAUGAAAGAUAAAAUAGAUAAAUUUUAUGAAAAGGAAAUUCGAAAUUCAAAAAAUUAUAAAUUUGGAAUUAUAUCAUCAAUAAAAUAUCCUAAGAAUCUAGAUACUGAACAAAAUUUAGGAACAAAUAAUUUAAUAAAUGAAAACAAUCUAUAUAGUAUGCAAAAAAUAUAUUUAGGAAAAUAUAUUGGAGAAAAACAAGAAAAUAAAAUUCCUGUGCAUAAUAUAGUGCGGUUCAAAAAAGAAUCAAAUUCUGUUAUAUCCCCAUCAUCAAAAACUUGUGUAGGAAUUCAAAAUAAUUUUCAUUUUAUACCUACCAAUGAUGUUGCAUUAUUUAAAGCUAACAAUAUGUCUUAUUAUAAAAUAAAAAAUAAUUCGAUAAAAAAAACCAAAAGCAUAAAUGAUAAAACGGAAAGUAUAAAUAUGAUUAAAGCCGAGAAUACAGAUAAUUAUUUUAGUAGUCGAUUAAAAGGGAAAAUUAGUAAAAUUGUGCAUACAAAUAAAACUAGUAGAAGUUAUGCAUAUUCAUCUAAAGAUGAAUCUAAAUAUAGUGGAAUAAACCUAUUAAAAUGUUUUAAAAUAAAUUUUGAAAAAGGAAAGUGCUUGCACAUUGGGAAUAAUAUUAAUGUUGUAAAUAAUGAUAAGCAACAAGAAUUUAUUAUUAAAAAAAGAGUGUAUUCUAAAAGUGGAGAGCAAACAGAAGAUAAUAGAAACGGAAAUAAUAAUAAUCAUAAUAAUAAUAAUAGUAGUAGUAGUAGUAGUAAUAAUAAUAUGAAAAGUAACUUGCUCGAAUCAGUUGGAACUUUUUUCCACAAUUUUAGAAAUAAUUCAAAUUCACCAUAUAAAGAAACAUAUAAAAAUACACAUUUUAAUUAUGAACUAUUUAAGAAGGAUAAGACAUUAAAUGAUAAUUCAAGAAUUGACAAACAAGGAAAUAAAGAUAAAAUGAUACGUGCAGAAACUAAUGAUAAUAGCGGAAGUGGGGAAAAGAAGGUUAUACAAAGCAUAGAAUAUCUGAAUAUAAAUAAAAGUCCAAAAAAUAAUGAUGUAAACAUAUAUAAAGAGAUAAAGGAAAAAACUGAAAGCAGUUAUAUAAAUAAUAAAGAGGAACAAUGUAAAAGUACAAAAGAUAAAUUAAAGCCAAAUUUGUGUGAAAAAAAUAAUAAUAAUUUUUUAAUUAAUGAAAAUAAUUCAAAAAAUUAUAAUAUUAAAGAAAAUUCUGAAAAAAUUUUACUAACUAUACAAUGGAAUGUAAAAAAAAUAUCAUUGCUGUGUUCAAGCGAAAAUAAUUAUGUCGUAUCUCCAGAAUUUAAAACUGAAACAAUUAUUAAUGAUUUUUUUAUAUUAUUAAAUAUAAAUAAUAAAUUAAAUUUUUCUUAUAAUAAUUAUAUUGAUUUAUUAUUUUCUUAUACUGGAUUUUGUGAUAUAAUAUAUUCAGUGACAUGCGGUAUUUACAAAAAAAAAUAUUGUUUUUACAACUAUUCUACAUUUCCUUGGUUUGGAUAUAAUAAUUGGGGGGUAUUAAAAAAUUGUAUAAAUAAUGAUUCUAUUUCUAUUAAAAUUGACAUUCAUGAAAUUAUAAAAAAAAAUAAUAAUGUUAAAGAUAUAUAUAUAAAUAAUAUUAUUUCUUCAUUUAAAGGGAAAGAAAAUCCUGUCUAUUUUAAAACUAAUUUUAAUGAAACAGGAAAACAUAUAAUUAACAAAAAUAUCGAUAAAAAAUUAAAUAUUUUUGAUCAAACUCAUAAAGAAAAUAAAUUAGAUUCUGAAGUAAAUUCACAUAUAUCUACUUUAAAUAACAAAAUAAUAUUAAACCCAUCUUGUGACACUACUAAUUAUUAUAACAGUUUAUGUAGCAAAUAUAUUCAGCCAAGUAAUAAAAAAAACGCAUGUACAAAUAACAAACUAGCGAAUAUGGAGAAAAAAAAUUCUCCUUUUUUACCAUUAUCAGAUUAUUAA